GGCCUGGUUGGCCUGCCUUUACGCUUCAAGACCCCAUACUAGCUCAUCUACCGUUCAUAAUUCCCCAUUUCAACGCCCUCAGGUCGUUCCUAUUCAACAGAACAGCUAUCUCAGCCAUGUCUUCCCCUACGGAAUCAGAAGCCGCCCGGCAUACAGCAGAAGCCCGCGCUGCCGUCACUGCAUCCCUCUCAUCCGUCGGCGCCUCCCUCACCAACGAGAUGCGUACACGCACUGCAGACCUACAUUCCAACUCCGCAGCCAUAUCAAAGCAGGAGAAGGAGCUCGCUAAGCAGACGGCGGUGCUGGCUAAACAGGGCGCCGAGUGGGACAAGCUGUUACAGAAAGGCACCAAAAAGUUGAAUGAGGUGGGGGAUAUUCAGAAUUGGGCGGAGAUGAUUGAGAGAGACUUGCUGGUGUUGGAGGAAACUGUCAGGUUGGUAGAGGGAAAGGAGGGGCAGGAGACGGCUAGUGGUACUGGAGGGUGGUAGUCCCUCUGCCAUACUCACGGCGAUGGCUAAUUCAUGUGUUCUGGAGGCCGUAUUGGGUGGUUGGUAUCUGUUUUGGAGCUUCAAAGCCCCUGGCUCGUAAUCGCGAGACGUCUGGUGGUGUUCAAAGCCUUUCGUAUAGUGCUAUAUAUAUAGUGACAUGGGAAGAUCGCGAUCGCAUGGUGAUUGUCGUGUAAUAUUGGACUGCUCUAUGGCAUGCGAUGACACGCUGGCCUGGAAUAUUCUAGAGCAUUUCCAAUAUGUAGCGUGGCCGCGGAAGAGUGAAUGGGAGCGCGUCUCUUUCGUGCCGGCCUUGCUUUGGGAGGCGCUCGCGCAUGGACAUGGACC